CAGCAGGCAGCUGAGCACCAGCACAACUGCUCUGAACAUGGAGCCUUGAAGGAGAUGCAGAGGAAAAAUGCUUAGAGAUACUGACAUUAGAAGAGUAUGUUGUUUUAAUGUUAGUUGGUAUUUUUCAUGUUGAUCCUCUUUGCCCUGUGAAAAAAAAUGUUGCUUUAGUCAAUUUUUAUGGAAAAAUUAAGAUCAUUACCCUUAUGAAAAUCCUCUACAACAUGAAUGCUGCUAUCCAUCACACAGUAAAGUACAUAUACAUAUAAUUUAUUGUAAAUAAUCUGCUAACCAGAUUCUUCAUUAACCAAUUUUGAACUUUCUUUUUCAACUGAAAGUCAGAAAUAAUAACCAUGUCCACCUGGAUGUAUUCUCACAGCUUGUUCCAUUCAACAGCCUCAAACCCAAAUACAGCCAUUCUUUUUAAAUAUACAGUGAUCACAAGCUUUAAAGUAGUUCUUUGUCAAAGCAGGAACUAUCAAAUGUCUGGCUUGGAGGAGACUGUAACUACUGUUAUAAUCAAAAUAUGUCUUUUAUCCUGAAAGGCACGCAUUUUUUCCCCUUUGUAAACUGAUAUUAAACAGUGUUAAUAUCCCCGCUGACUCGACGUGUCUCCGCUGGUUCUAAAGCCUGAAACUGAUAAUAUAAAUAUCUUUAUUAAAAGAGAGAAAAAAAAACACAAACACCUACAGUUUAAAUAUUUCCACUCCAAAUACCAUCUAACUACACAAAUGAGUUUAUACAGUGUGGGAUCCAGCAUCUCACUGCAAAGUAUUGAACAUUGGCAAUUGUGAAACAAUUUGCCCACAGCCACCUCCUCUGUACUUUUGCAUGAAAUCCACAGUGGCUGCCACCUACAGCAUGUGAACCACCCACCUGUAGCCACAGAGAAUGAAACGUCCAAGAGAAAUCUUUCACCCAGUGCGAUGAAAGCUAGAACUCUGGCAUCAGGAGCCCCAAGCGAGACAACACACUCUCUCCAGUUCCCAACCCACACGUUUAAUCUCCUGGCCUUGAUGCAAAUGCUUCUGAGAGCAGAAAAACAUCGGCACUCUCAUUGUGUGAACUAACUUCCCUCUUUAAACAGAACAGGAACUUUAUCAGUCUUGUCUUGAUGCCUGUACUUUCCUGUGAGCGAUGAUAGAACAAAAAAAAAGUUGUCACCUCCCUCUUCUUUGGAAGUCCUCAAAAAGAAGAGGACCUCACACUGACUGUACACUCUAUUAAUGCAAACAUUAACUUAUGCUCACACAACCUUCCCACAUAUUUUGAGACGGUCUUAAUCACUGACCACAGAUCCACCAACUUAAAAAAUAUACUGGUUACUGCUGAAUAAAAACUGUUUAAUUCAGCUUCUGUUGGUGUUUGGAUUGCUCUUAAGGGAAAAAAAAGAUACUGGUGUGAAAUUUUAAUGUGAAUAACUUGGCUUUGGUAUGUUUUUCACUGCCUUUUUACAAGCUAAACAGGCAAGUGGUCAAAUUAUAAAACAGGCAAUAGAGUUGAUAAUGAAUAUGACCAUUCAUUUCAGCCCUGCGUCGAAUCAAGGUAAAUGUUGACUCUGCUUUUGUUGUACUUUCUGGCUCAAGCAGGACACUUUUUCAAAAAUACACCCACUACCACGGUAAAACACUGACCAAGUAGAUAAAGAUCUCUCACAAUACAUAUAAUUCUGCUUGUAUGUUUAUCUGACUUUCCUUCAAAAGUAUAGGGCCUCCUCCUGCAGCAUUUUCCCCCCAAACAACAAACAGCAGCUGACCACCGUUUAAAGUCUACAGCAUCAUUCUGCUCCAAUCUCUCAAGCCACUGAUUGAAAUCGAUAACCUCACUUGGGGCUCGAGCCCUAGUCAAUCCCACUGAGGUGCAGGGCCGGCAGCUUACACCCCACCCAGUGAGUAACGGGCCUCUGGCAGAGAUGAAGCAGACAGGGGAGAGAGGGAGGGAGAAAGGGAGAGCACGGGAGACUGGAAUACAGGAGGAGCACAUUGAACAGUGUCAGGGCCCCAGGGCCUACUGGGACGCUGAUAAAGUACCUGGACAUUUUUAUAGACAAACUACUUAUUUCCGUCCUCAUAUCACUUGGGAAGACUGAUAACUUUAUAUUCCUCUCAGGCAGAGGAAUGAAAGGAGGGGGGCCCUUUCAGGAGUUUAAUUGAUCAAACUGUAGCCACAAGGGCUUUUUUCUGGAGAUAAAAGGGACUAGCACUCUCCCCAGUACAAUACAGAGAUCUUUUAGAAAGCAGACCCAAUGAAAAAAGGGAAUGUAAGUCAUUAUGCAAAGUCAUUAUGGACCCCUGACUAUAGUCCUUAAAGAGGGGAAUUAAUGCUAAAGUUGUAUCGUACAAAAUUCCAGAGGUCAAACCACCGGUCACAGGGUGAGAUUAUUUCACAAUAUCCAGAUUAUUACUUAAGCUAAAUCUUUAGAUGGUUGUUUGGAGUUAAAUUUAAAUACCAUGACUAUUUUUAAGUGUGACGACAUUGUUUUGCGUUUCAUUACUGAACACAGGGCACUUGCUUGGGAAUGGCAUAUCUGAGCACACAGAUCUACAUUUUCCUGUAAGCAAAGGAUCAAAAUUAGAAGUGAAUAGAUGUUGAUGUGACACCAAAACCAAAAAUUAUGUUAUCAAGGUCAGAUAAGCCUUUUUGUUUAUCCCAGCUGUUGGGUCACACCGAAUCCUGUAUUAUUCAGUAUUAAUAGUGCUUUCACACAUAUAGCUACAGAUCACCCAUGCCAUUACUCUUAUGCACCUCCACACCAGUACAGAAGAUGGCUUUAUACUGCGCUUUGAUUAAAGGACAAACUGCCCUUCCCUUCUCUAGCAACAAGCACACUGUGUCCAUGAUUUCCAAAACGAAUGUCAAAUUUAGAUUAAUCAUGCCACAGGAAAGUUUUCCACAUUCCCCUCAUCCAUCUCCUCCUUGGACUAAGUCCUCCUUGGACUAAGGGUGUCUGCAUUUCUGGACCUGGUUUAUGCACUUCCUCUUUGCAUGGUAGGGCUUCAACUUGUAUUAGCAGCAAAGUUUGUUUGCACAUGGUUUUUAGAGGUGUGAUGAAGAGACAAAGUGUCUACCAAGGGCGGAGAGAUUUCUCCACAUUCUUUGAAUCUUUGAUAAUAUAAUACAGAGACCACAAGAUUCUUUGCAGUUUCAUUGCCACUUCAUAGUGUGAUGAACCUCUCCACAUUUUUCCCUCUAAAAUGUGGCCUCUCGUGCCCAGUAAUGUAACUGAUCUCUUGUCAGUUGAGGCUUAUUAACUGUGAGAUAUUAAACCAUUUCUUUUCUUUUAGCUGUUCACCACUUUUCCAGACUUUUAUUGACAUCACAUUGAAAAUACACGUUACCUUACAAGUCAAUCAACCAGUUCCAUAGUUUAAUUUUGAUGAAAUUCAGUGCUAUUUUCAAUUACAUAGGGGAUUGAAAUUUGUGCAAAUGAUCAAAUUAACAUCAAAUUUUUUGGGGAACAAGGUUGUAUCAGUGCACUUGUAAAUGAUAUACUCCAAAUAUAGCAGCAGCAUAGAAGUGGCUAUUUUUAGCUUUUCGUCUGUGUUUUUUACCAUUAAGUUCAGCAGAAGAGAAUCAAAAAAUUGGAAGUAACCUGAAACAAAAUGUUGUAUCCUUUUCGAAAAGCGGUGGAAAAAAGAAAGACAACAGCAGAAAACAGAUGCUUCUUAUUUCAGCAAAUUAAAAACUCCCUUAACAUUUGUUGUAUAUGGAUGCAGUUGGACUGUGAUUUAAGAUUUCUAUGACAAAAGAGGGAAUGAAAGACAAACCAACAAAGACUAUGAGAAAUAAGGUGAGCAGUCUCCUGGCAGAGAGCUCUUAGCCUCACUGCAGGCAGUUUGAGCCUCUGGGCUCAAAGAGAUCUAUACAGCUGAAACUGUAUCAAAGGAGCCCACUAGCUCUAUCAUGUGAAAUAAGCAAACUAACUACCGAGACUUAAGCGUGAAUUGUGAAUCAUGAAUUAUGAUAUAUAUGUUUACUAAACGAAGGGCUUGUGUCAUGUUAUCUAUGUCUCACCUUUUAGGGCAGGUCAAUUUACAUAUUGAGAGUUAGAUUUAUUUAUUUAUUUGUUAAUUUUUGACUUAAGAGUUUUUUUUAAUAGUCAUCCAAUCAGGAGGGAAACGUUAAGAGAAGGUAUGUGUAGUCUGAAAACAGUCUGCAGCUAAGGGCAGCUAGCUAAAUGGACUAUGCAUAGCUUAUAGCAGCAUGUUUCCAUGCAAGUCAAACCACAGACUGUACCAAACUCUGUCAAUCCAAAAGGAAAAUUAAAGAAAUUCAGGAACUGUUCCUUGAGAUGAUCCUUUCUCUCUUAAAGUCUUGAAUAACUUAAAAGUAUAAAUAAUUGUAGAGCAUUAUUUCAUUAUACCUUUGGCUGUCUGAUUCAUUUUCUGCCUGUUAGUUGCAGGGAUUCAUAAAGGGUACAAAAGUGCAGUUUCAACAAUGGCUGCAUCCCUAUCAGUUGUGCCAAACCCUGAAUUUUUUCAUGCAUAUUUGCUCAUUUUAACUCAUUUCUGUUGUGGUGCAACAUUUCAACAGAUGGGGCUACACAAGAAGUGUCUGGGUAGUUAGCCCUACUGUGCAGCAGGCAACAGUGCUCCUCUACACACUAAUAAACUUUCGCAUAAAUCAACAAAAGGCUGCGGAGUGAUCACAAAGACAAAGCAGAGGAGCCCUCAAAGGUUCAUAUCUGCAUCAAGUACUUCACCUUAAAGAGUGUCUGUUUUUUUUCCCGUCUAAAUCUAACCUGGUCCAGUGUAUACAAGUCUGGAAACGAGACUCAGCUGAUGGUGGGGGGGAGGGGUGAAUCAGGUUCAAAUCUCACUCCCUCCACGUAAUACAGCCAAGAAUGGGCUGAAUGGGUUUGUAGCGUAGGAACAAUAAAAGGCAUUUACCUUUCCCAUCCAGGCGAAAAAGCCUCCACAGAGACAGACUGUUUCCUUUGGAAAGCGGAGCGGAGUGACGACGCCUCGUUAAGAAAAUAAUCUCUCGACGUGUCCAUUUUUACUGUCUGCACCGGCUCUUGUGAUAAAACGUGCAAAUUAAGUGCAUGCAAAACGCCGCACCUAUCGCCCAUCUCCUUCCUUCCACAAGUCAAAUCUGCAGAAUUAACGACCUGUAAAUCGACAAAAGCAACGUAUCCACGGCGUGUGGCGGAAGAGGGGAUUUUGUAAAGAUGUGAGAAUGUAUUAGAAUGCAAGAAUGGUGUGAUGGCGAGAGGGACUGUUGGGGGAGACGGAUCUGCAUAUGGAAAUUAGGGUUAGCGUGGAUAAAAUUCUACUUAACUGCUGCAUUUUUUGUAUAAUUUGGGCGGGUCCCUGCAGUGAAACUGGGGGGAAGACGGAGUGACUGGGACACAGGCUGGGAACGACUCAUGAAGCAGGUGCUCGGGUUCACUUCUUAUAUUGCAACACGUGUGUUUUUGACAAGAUGUUAACAAAAAGUAGCCGACGCAAAAAAAAAAGACACAUUACAUCUAUCCGCUUCUUUGUGUAAAGCCUCCACACUAGCGAGCACAUUAUUAGUAAACCUUAACCCAAACGCCAUUUUCAUACAGAAUUAGUAACUUUUAAGUGUCCUCUGGAUUACAAUAGCAGGCUGUCACAGAGGUACGGGACAUACAGAGACCGUCUCUCGAGACAGAGGUGUUAAAAGAGCCCAAGAGCUCUGCCGGUCAAGAAUACACAUAACGCACACGACUCAAGAAAAGACUUCAAUGGCGAAGUCAUUCACAACUUUCACUGAUAAUACCUCUUGCUCUGCAACAAAGCGAGACCACGCCCACGUGGAAACUUCCAACCAAUCAUCGAAAGGCUAAGCUGCGCAUGCGCCCUGUGGACGCGCGGGAGACCCAGAGAACACAAACAACAGAAAUGUCAGCCGUGUUAUUGUACGCCUUUUGACACCGUCAAAAAAGCGUAACUCCAAGGUUUGUCAGUUGUGUAUUGUUUUUUUCCUUGCUGCUCUCGAUGGUGUGUUACAUUUCGUCGUGAAACCCCAGUAUGUUACCUUUCUGAUGCGAGUGAGCCUUCAACACAGGAUACAGCCGGGAAGAGUUUAUGACAUGAGCAGGUUAGUGUCGACUUACUGUGUAAUACAUACAACCACACAGGCAUCAUUUUCUGCAUUGUGAAGUAGGUAUCAAUGUGGACAGUAGGGGAGACUGGGGUAAGAUGAGCCAUUUUUCAUAUUUCAGAUAACUACAUCAAGGCAAUCAUAGUUUUUUCUCCAACUAGUGUAUCUGCAUAUAUUUCAAGAUGUUGUGCAUCCCUGCAAACCAACAGAAUGAGUGUAAACAUAACUGUCUUGAUAAUAUAGCAUGCCGAAAAAAGUGGUUCCCUAUGGUCAACUUACCCCGUGUAUGUUUGGGGUAAAUUGACCAUAGGAGCGGGGUAAGUUGAGCUGUAUCUCUACAGCCUCCCCACUCUCCACCCCAGCCCUCCUUCACCUUCUUUCUCCCUAAAUAACAGUCACUUCUUCACAUUCAUGUGUAUUUUUAUCUAAUAUACACUAUUCCACUGGUACAAUAAUUCUUUUUAUUAUUAUUGGAUAUAACUGCUAAAAAGCUGUUUUGUAAAAAAGUCAUUUUAACAUGAGAAUGACUUUAAGUGAUUCAGAACAUUCACAGAUGUAUUUUUGAAAAGAAAAAGUAACACAUAUCAACAAUCUGAACUGAAAUUCUGAUCCUCUCAUCAGACUCCUUUACUUUCUUAGUUACCCCAGAACUACUAUGAUGACUUUAUUAAUCCUCUAAGCUAAAAUGGUGGAAUUGUAUGCUAGGUUUUUAACCUCAUGUUGUAGCCAUAGACUGUACAAUGGACAACUUGGUUCCACCUCCCGCCUGUUUAUGGAUUUGAAUCCACAAAGCUCUUGGUAUUUCCGGGAUUUUUCCUCAUUUCCUGAAACCAACGCUGUGCAGUAGCGAUGCGCGCAUUCGGGCGUGCAGUCGCUGAGAGUCGCUGAGCGUCAUCACAGUGACCCGUUGACUCUCCUGCCAAGAAAUGUUUUUUGGAAAUAGAUGUCUAACCCCUUCACCCAUGUGCUCCUAACCUUCACAGUCCCCAUGAAUUGAUGCCCAUCUCCUAAAUAUUUGGUCACAUGAUCAAUUUCUUUUACCAUUUCCAAGCAACAGGGGGUGGCUCGACUCACCCCACUCUCCCCUACUCAAAAUUUUGGUGGUAGUUCAACCAAAGAAAGCCUGUCCUGUUGCAGAAUAAUUCCAGCUCUUCUUCUAUUAAAGUUAUUAACUUGACUUUCGUGUGUCUUACUACUUAACAGCAUUUUGAGCUGGAUCAUAUAGGCUACUGUAUAUUGAAAUGAGUUGAUAUAUAGCCAGCUUAACUUAAAACUCUGAAUUCUGUACCUUAACACAUUGUUGUUGUAUUUUUUUAAGUAGAUACUGACUCUGCACCACCAACAUGGCAGAAGACUUCAGCCAGUCCCUUACCCCACCGGUAUCCCCCUUUGCGGCAGACAGUCUCUGUGAGCUGACUCCUGCCCACCCGCCGUGCUUCUGCUGCUCUGACACAAAGGAAGACCCCACAGGAGCGCUCUCAACAGAGGGAUAUGCUGCCAGAGGCUCCUUGAAACGGUACAGUUACUGUUAUUAUGCCAUACUACAAAAAGUGUUUUAUAACCUCUGUCUUUCUAUCGAUUUUGUUCCCACCAAAUGGUCAAAAUAACAGUUUACACCGUAAUCUGUGAGUUAUCCCGAGUAACUGUUUAUUUUCAGUUCUUUCAAAGGCAAGUUUUUGAUUUUCCGAGUACAUUUGCUGUCUCCUUGCCAAAGAACUUAAGAGAAACUCACCUCAAAAACCUUAACAGUCUGUCAUGUGACCUUCAAUCUUCUAGGCUGCUCCUGCGGCUUGACCCUGCCCCUGCUGAGUAUGAGACAGACACUGUAGAGAUUUUUGGCUUCCCUUGGGUAACAGAAACAGCUCUGGUAGAAUCUACAACACUCCUUUUUGGUCUCUUGAGGUAAGUGAUGAUGAAAAAGAAAUCUCAAUCACAUCUGUUAGAAGACUACAUGUGAUUGGAAGAACAUAGUUCUUGUGCUGAUACACAAAACAAGCCAAAUUAAAAACUUUUACUGGUAUUGAGACAUUGUAAACUGGAACAGAGCGUUUUCCACUUAAUAACUGGGUCUGGAACACAAUGCUGUGGUUAUUUCAUUCACAUGUUAAUGUUCUGUUUGUGUUUCCUUUUUUUUUUCCAGACAAAAGAUUUACAGACUGGAGACCUUGGUGCAGGCUGGGUCAAAUGACUUUGGUAAGUUCUGGAAAUGAGUAAUCUGCCGAUUUAUGAUCAGAUCUUUUCUAUUUAUGUCUCAACAUUUUAUUCCGCUCAGGAAGCCAUUUAAGCCAGUUACGUUCACAGAUACAAAGGGAUUAAAAAAAAAUUUGAAUAAAACAAAUGUGACAUAAAAUCUUUAAGUGUAGGACAUUCCCCUCACUAAUUUGGUCUGUGAUAAUUAAGAAACUGCAAAGAGACCCAGACGUGGUUUAACCCCUAUAUCGAAACUAGGUCUUCUGUGCCCUAAAGGUUAUUCACACAAAUCCUUUGUUUGUUUGUUUUUUUCUUUUGUUUUUCUUUUCGGGAUAUUUUCAUAAGUGUCCACAGACAAAUGACACGGAUGUAUCAGUGAGAUGCUGAAGUGAGCAUGCAUGAAUAAGCUGUGGGCAACAGUUCCAACAUUGAAUUACUCAUACAUAAAUUGUUGGGUUUAAUUCUGGUGUUGAGUCAUUUGCAUCUUUUACAUAAUAUUAGGAAUCAUGCUCACAUCAUCCCUCCUGUGUUGCAGGUCAAGCAGGCAGCCUCCACUAUGAAGCAGAGGACCUGAGACUGCAGUGUAUUUCAUUUCUUCAGUAUGUCAAAGUUUUCCUGCACAGGCAAGUCUACACAUUCAACCAUGGGAACAUAAGAGCCGCUGAUUGAAGUGUUUUUAACUGUCUAUGAUGAUGAUGGUGUGUGUGUUCAGAUACUUGUGAUGUGCAGGUUAACAUGAGUGGUCUCUUGAACAUAUUCAGGUACCUGGAACCUUCCAGCUCCUCAAAUGCAGAUCAGCCACACCCCUAUGAGGAGCUGGAGGCUCAGCUCCCCUCUGCGCUCCUGGAGGAGCUGUUUGGGAUUACUCUUCUCAUAGGACGACUUAAAGAUCUGCCUGCCAACAUCCAGAGUGCCUUCACUAUAUCUAAUCAGGGAAAGGUGUGUGUCAUACCAAGGGACCAGAGGUGAUCUACAAUAGAUCAUUUUGAAACAAGUGCAGCAAUAUUACGAAAGACUUCAAUGUAAUUAAGCUCUGUCUGUAUUUUAUUUUGAAAGGCUGUGAGGAGUCGUUCAAAUUGACAUUUUUUCCAAACCUAAAUAUUCUCGUUGCUUAGAGUUUUUCCUGCUUUAAGAUUUCUGUUCAUUUUAUAUCGUUUGCACUGAACUUGGUGGUCUGUCUUCCUUCUGCAGAUUUUUCCCCCUUCUUGGCAUUUGCUACACCUUCAUCUUGACAUUCACUGGUUUGUUUUAGAGAUCCUCCACAUCCUUGGUCACAAGAUGCAAGGUAAGAUUAAUAGAAAUAAGAUUUCAGAGAGAUGACUCUGUGAUUUGGAGAUGUGCUGAUUGAAUCCUGAUGAUUAGAAUACAAUCUCCUAAAACGUUGUCAAACCAGCACAUUUGGGGAUAAUCUUCUGACUUGAAGCUCAUUGUGAGUCAUUAUCAUAAAAAAAAAAACAAGCUUUUUGCAAUUCUACCUUUUCUUCUCUCCAGGCCAAGUUGUUUACGCCCACCAGUUUGUGAACCUUACAGGAGAGAACCUGACUGAUACAAGUCUGUUUGAAGAGCAGCUGUGCGGUCUGUUGUGUGACCUCACUGGUCUGGCCAUGGGCAAAUACAGCAAGGUAGGCAGCAGCUGGCCGCAGCUCAUAACACUUUUGCUUUUGAGAUGCACCUGUGAUAUUUCGAGGUUAUUUUUUAAAGCUUAAAUAAAGUGCAGUUACUGAAUCCUGUAUAUUCAUCAAUACAGAAAGUUCUAGAUAAAAGACUGGGGCCAUGGAUUACAAAUUCUGUAUGCAAAUUUGGCCUCUGAGAAGUCAAAAGAUUUAGUUAAAGUAUUUUUCGGCAAGAGUGGAAGUUAUUUCAUGAAAAUAAUAUUAUUAAAGGGUUAUUCUAGCGUAAAAUUAAGUUAGGGUCAAACACACCGGAACACCGAGUUAGACACCCCCUCAAGAGAUAAAUGUUGCAGUGCAGCAGAUCAUUUUAUCAUAAUAAUCAUUUUGCACUGCAGACGUGGUAGUUCUUCUGCCUUAGCGUCUCAGUCUGAUUGCAUUUCCCUGAAGAAAUGAUCACAAAUGUUUUUCCUUGUGCUGCGAAACUCUGUUGCACUCGGUGAUCGACUUUUCAGGGCUUCCACAAAAACAAGCAGUUGCUGGAAGAGAGUGGGUGAGUUGUGUUUGGUCUCUUAAAGAUGUCGCUAAAAAGAUAUACUGUAGCAGUUGGUCACAACAUUCAUCUCUCGAGGGGGUGUCAAACUCAGCGUUACAGUGUGUUUGACCAUUACUUAAAUUAACGCCGGAAUAUCCCUUUAAGUACAAACCCUAAAGAAAUGAAAGAAAGUUUAUAUAUGCAACAAAACAGAGUUUGUAUAUUAUAGUACUUUAAAGUUACAGGACAAUUUAAGGUGCUUUAAGAAGACAUGCUUUAUCAUGUGGUUUCCAGGUGAGGCCUACAGAGGCACUCAGCACCCAUCACUUCCUGUGCCCCUGCACCAAAGAGCUGUGGGUCCUCCUCAUGCACCUUUUGGAACAAAGAAAAAAAGUGCUCCACACUCAGGUAAGACCAUUUAAACACAUACUCCAUUUAAUCCAGCACAACAAAGUAGACUAAAACAACCAAGUCUCUGUGCUUCCCUGCAGUCUUUCUGGUCCUACAUGAACUUGUUGUUAAGGCCGCUGGUUUCAGGAAAGCCAGCAGCAGAGCAGUUCAGCGGCCUCCCCACGCACUGCAAGGACCCUUUAGGAUUCACGUGGUGGCUGGUCACUCAUUUAGCAAUGCUAGGGCAGUACAAUCGCAACGGCACACUCCUGAGGAGCAAAGAGGAGGUAAGAGACACGCCCAAAGACGUGCUGCUUUUACCCUGGAAGAGUUAGGAGUGUGCUGGGACUUAAACUUAAACUGAUUCAUUAGAGCUCAUAUUUAGAGACAUCCAUUCACCACAACAUGGAUAUUUGAGUACUCUUUUACACCCAAGUUUUAACCAUGAUAGUUCUAUUUUGACUCAGUUUUUAAUGGAUGUAAAUACAUCAAAUUUAUCAUGAUAACUUCAGCCUCUGACAGUCUUUAAUGAAAGUCUUUAAUAGUUGAUAAUGUAGACAUUCUUAACUGUGGUUGGUUUUAGUUGUUACAUUAUAAGAUUUAAACAUGUUUAACUUUGUUUUAUGUUUUUGUGUUUAUCUGUACUCAGAAUAGUCUGGGAGAUAAUUGGACUUUGACGGAGGAGCUGCUCAAGUUAACCUGUAACACCACGGUCAGCAUCUUUUCCUGCCACACAUACAUUUUAAAUCCUUGAAAACGCCUGGAAAAAAAAAAAGGAAAGUAGUGUUUUAAACAGAAUGUGUAAGGUGUAUGUGUGUGUGUGUGUUUGAAACAGCAGAGAGGUCUAGCAGAGGAACAGGUCAGGAUGCAUGCCCACUGCUGUCUCAGUCUGUGUCUGCUGUGGGAACCGAGCACCAGUGCUGUCUCCACCCUCUGGGACUACCACAGCAAGAAUCUGGUGAGAGAAACUUCAGAGGAAACACUUGAAAGAUCUGAUGGAGCAGCAGAGAUGAUUCAAGUUCAUGUUACCUUAUCCUCCAGUAUGAGUACAACAAUCAGACCACUUCACUUCAAUCCAAGGUUAUACUAGUUUUGGAUUUGUCAUUAUAGUUUAGUUUUAGUUAGUUUUGACAUGUUUUUCCGUUACAGUUUAGUUUUGAUUAGUUAAAGAGCGGGCAUUCUAGUUUUUAUUUAGUUUUUUAUCUUAGUUUUAGUUUAGUUUAAUUUUUUUCUUACAGUAUUUGUGAGGUGCAGGAUUCAAAAAGGCCAGAGUAAGUAUUUUGUAAUACUGUUUAUUUUCAAGCCCAACAUAGUGCUCACUGCUCAGUCAAUGCGGAUACUGUAUUGUUGGCUGCUGCCUUAAACACAAGAAAAUAAUAUAAACUUCAUAUAAAAAAUAUAAACAUACAUUUCUUCCAAGUUAUUCCAACAACACAAGCUCCGUCGCAGCACAGCGCACAGCCAGUCAGUCUAGUAAACAAGCACGUCCCAGUUCGUCGCUAUGAUCGGGCCGUACAGCGCUGACAACUGCCGAAAACUGUCGUUAAAUUGGUUGGGAAAAUGAAUCGGAUUAAUUUAAAUCCUAAAGGCUAAUAAAUAUUGUCAAAAACGAUAACGAAGGACAUUUUGUCUGUAAUUUUAGUUUUGUGAACACGAGAUUCAGUUUUAGUUUAUCGUUUUUCUUUUCUUUUCUAGUUUUUACUAGUUUGAGUGAACUGCAAUGUAUUUAAAUUUUAGUUUUCGUUUUUAGUUUCAUUUUAGUUAACUAUUAUAACCUUGGUUCGAUCACCGUGAUCGAACUGAAUUUGUCACAAUCAUUAAUCACGAUCAUAUAAUCGCCCAGUCCUAAGUCAUUAUAUGUUACAAUACAUUCUUGCCUGUAGUUUACAAUGAAGUUAUACUUAUCUUAUCCAUCAACCCUCUGAGCAUUUUUUGGUCUAAAAGAGGUCUAAUAGACAUCUAAAUGUAGCCUAUAGACGACUGGUCUAAAAUCAGGCUACCACAGGUCUUAAAAUAAAAGUUUUUUAGACAACUAAAUUUAGACCAAGUCUAAACCUGGGCUAUAUCUUUACUACACUGUAUUUUGCUCAACGACUAUGAUUAUUAUUUUAGUUAAGUACUUGUGGAUCAGUUUUGCAACUCACAGUUGCUUUUUGAGAUAAAUAGUUAUCGAAUUAUGGGUUAAAGUGCAACCGUCUAAAUUCAGUCUAAAAAUAAACAGAAUCUAGACGUUUGAAAUUAGGUCUAAAAAAAAAAAAAACGUCUAAUAGCCGUCUAUUGCUCAGUGGGAACAUACUGCAGCAGUAGUUGCAGAUGUCUCCCUCUGGGUUCUCCUCAGAAACCUCAUGUAGUGACAUCGUCCUCUAUCCUUCCUCUCAGAAUUCCUCGUUCACAGUUCCAUGGCUUGGUGUGUCUGGUGUUGGCUCGUUGUACAAGUCACCCAUGGCUUUGUUGGAGCAGGCCCGCUGCUGCUGCCGUCCCUCUGACCUUCACUCCUCAGGACACACCCAGCUCUAUCGCUCAGCCAACUCCUUCCAAAUCUUCCUCCGAGUGCUCGCCCUGUGCCUGGCCCAGGAUAGAGCCGGCGGAGUCCCACAAAGACAAAUCAAAGGAAGGUAAAGAAGAAGAAGAAAGGUCCUGGAGGCUUUGUAGAUUUAGUUUCUUCAGCAUUUAAAGUACAUCUCACGGACAACAGUUGACUUCAUAGACACGGUGUGCAGUUUUUAAGGGGAAGAGAAGAUUAAAGAGAAUACGUGGAGUAGAAGCUGUGAGGAGAGAUUACUAAUGAAGACCAGCCUUUGUUGGAAUCCCCCCUUUCCCUUCAUCUCCUAAUAUGUGAUAUGUGUUUUGUGUGUUGUUUGGAUUUUUGUGUGUGUGUUGCAGUGAAUACUUGCAUGAAAACACAAACACCAUGUGUUUUUUUACACACUAGCCCACAUUUUGGUCUCGUUUGUGUGCCUGCCAGGUGCACUGGGUCUCCCGGUGCGUCUUUGAUAUUUACUCAGGCCCCCCAGUGGAGCAGGUGUCUCAGGAGUCAACCACCUGCUCUUCAUGCACAGACCAGAGCCAAAGAACCUCCCACUGAUGCGCACACACACACACACACACACACACACUCUGCACCUGCUCCCUGGAGCCGUGACAUGAGUGUAAGAGUCCAGUAGAUGGAGGACGAGUGUUUAUCUGUGAAACAAAGUAGGAGAAAGGACAGAGCAGAUCAUAAGCUAAUGUGCCCGCCUGAACACUUCGCUGGAUCAUCCUAUAUCCCAGACCGGCUGGGCGCCAGAGAGAGGCAGCCAUAGAUAAAUCCGCCUAAUGACUUCCCUCUGUCUGGAAUGUGCUCAGUAGCGCUGCAGACAUGGGGGCUAAUUAGCUAACGAGCGUGGCGGUUAAUUCGCCUUAACGAAGCUGUGUUGGUUUCCAGCACGGAGAGAAGGGGGAGCUUGGGUGGUGGGGAGUAGGGAGAUGUGGGUGGUGGGGAGUCUGGCAACAGCCUGAAUGGGCUGGGACAGGUCCAGAUCCCUCCACCGCCCUUCACCACAUCCGCCUCCUCCUCCUCCUCCUCCUCCUCCUCCUCCUCAGGAGGCACGAGGCGUGCCGACCGUAUCACCACAACGCUUCGGCAGUGUUCCUACUCCUGGCCAGGCUCUGUGAGACACCCACGACCACAGCAUUAAUGGGAUCUGCUGCAAGCAUGUUGAACUCCAACACCGGGAGUAAGGAGCAUCUGCUCACCCCAGGAAAAAAAAAAAAACUGUUCAGAAUAAACAAACAGACCGACAGGUUGAAUGAACGCAGGAAAUCCCUACUGCUGCCUCUCAGCACGCUGCUUUUAACACAGUUACAUAUUACCCAUUCAACAACUGAAGUCUUCCUCCCUCCACACUCGAACUGCACGCCUGGCCACCUUUCCUUUUACAGUCUUCUGUGGGUGUAACUAAGCUGAUUUGGUGUUAACCUGGUCUUACUCAGUUCCUCUCUCCUUUUUCCUCCUCUCCAUAAUAUCAUUCAUACUUCUUACACAGAGUUUGUCUUGGGAUGCUCGCUGUUUGUGUUUUGACCCAAACAGCAGCUUUACUCACCUGUGUGGGCUGCAUCUGUGUUUGGGAGUUAGGGUGUGAGAGGAGGGGGCUCCAGCCUUCUGUGUUUUCCUGCCAGGCAAGCAAACAUCAAGCUGGAUGUGUGGCAAUGCAAGUGUGUGUGUGUGUGUGUGUGUGGUUUUAUUGAUCUCUCUCUGGUGUUGCAGUAAAUUGGUUUGGCUGUAGAGAGAGGGACCGAGCGCCUACUGCUGUGUGUCUGAGUGUCUCUGACAUUUAACAUGAUCUUUAAAGGCAUUUCUCCACAGUGCCCGCAGGAUCUAACAGCGUGCUGGGUGAGAGAACCACCCAGCACGCUGUUAGAUCCUGCUUACUCCCUUUCUUGCUUAUUCUUUCCCUCUCUCACUCUCACUCUCACGCACACACACAAACAUUCCCACACACAGCCUCUCCCCUGGAGCUGAGAGGGUGAUAGAGGUAGGUGGUCCACAGUGGGGAUAGCUAGUUCAGUUAGUCAGCAUUUAAAGUCUGAGGUCACAAAAGAGAAGAAAAUCAUACCGUGAAUAAAAAGUUUGUCAACAGAAGUAACUAGGCACAAAAAAGAUGAAUCAUUUAACCCUAUUAAGUCAUGCUGAAAAACACUUUUCUUUUCUGAUUUCCAGGAUUUAUUCCAAGUUCUCCUCAAAAAAGAUGCAGGACCUGUCAGAGGCCGGCCUCAUGAACUUUCUCCUGCUGUUUCUGGUGGUUGCGAGGCAGGUAGAGCUGGAGGACGUGGCCAGCAGAGCCUCUGAGCUGCUCAGUUUCCUCCCCUCCAACUGUCCUCCCGGGCACCGCACCCUGGUCUGGAGGGGGCAGCUCUCACUACUGCUGCUGUUCCAGGUUUGUGCUUUUUAAAGAUGGACCAAUAAUUGGCAUGGCUGGUAAUAUUGCUGAUAUUCAGCAUUUUUACUAUAAUCAGCGUCAGAUGUUUUUUUCCACUUAUCGCAGAUAAAAUAAGUUUAUUUUAAAACGUGUCCGUUCAGCUCUGACACAGCAACCUCUCUCUGCCUGAAGUCAUCGCUCUUGGCAGUUUAAUGUCCCACCUACAGUCCUCACUGAUUGGCUACACAGACAGCCAAUCAAGACAGACGCCAUCACACAGCUGAGCAGCUCUACUUUCUGAGUUACAAUCCAACUGAGACUUAAAUCUGAUCAACUACAGUCCAGUGUUUACUUUUGUUAUUUAUUUAAAUUUAGGGAACUAUUUGAUUUGUUUAUUUAUUUUAGCUACAGUUAGAGUUCAUCAAAAAUGCUGCUAUAGGAUCCUUGCAAUUUUUUUUGUUGCUAUGGCAAUAAAACAAUUGUUUGAACCUUUUCAACAAAGAUUUUCAUAUUAUUUUACAACAGUUGAAGGUCUUUUUUUUACAGAUUUCCACAGUGUUUAUAACAAACAAACAAUCCACUGUGUUUAGUCUGAUUCCAGGUGAGUUAUCUAACAUGUUGACACCAAAAUAUAUAUUUUACUGCAGAUGAAUAUCUGUUCUAAAUAUUGGUUAUCGGUUUGCUUGAUUACUAAAAAUCGAUAUUGGUAUCGGUCGACCCUGAGUGCUCUUAAAUGGUGUCCAGAAGUGUUUUUUGUGUGAUUUUAAAAACAAAUUCUUCAAGUAAGAGUUUAUGAUGUCCAAAUUUCCACAGUUUUGUGAUAUAUUCCCAUCACCUGAUCAUUUUAUUCUUUCAUUUUUCAGGAGAGAGGUCUGGAUGUGGGUGCACAGGCCAGUUGGUUGGCCUCCUCCUUUAAUGAGACAGCCAAAGAGUUCUACAAUAAGACUACGGAGGUCUCUCGCAGACUCGCUCUGUGGGGGCCCCUCGGCUCAUACCUGGAGGGUGUCGCUGAAGUGUUCGAGACGAGCACCAAUCUCAGCCUAUCAGAAGAGAAGCUGCUCAAUGAAGGAUUCGAUUGGUUGUUACCUGCGUGUCGUCUGUCAGAGCUGAACUCUGCCCUGGGCUUUCUGCAGACCGUCCUAGCCCAGCUCAGGUGAGACAGCUGGUGGACACACUCACUGGUUUUCUGGUUAUCUUUAACUUUCCGUCUUUGGCUGAUAGCUGUGCUCCCUCUGAGACUGGACAUAUUCAGACAAAUGUUUUCUGACAAAGGCUAAGCUUCGCUUUUAUUAAAAUCUGAUAAGUAACUACAACAGAGCAGAGUGAUCUCCUCUGCUCUUCCCAGUCCAUCACAGAGUCCACGUACUCCUCAUACUGACAAUAGGCGGAUUGUCCUGUCACUAAGAAUGAGAGUCUAUAAAGACUCUGUGUUGAAUUGAAGCCCCCGUUUGUCUCAGUAGACCUAGUGGCCCUCAGGUCACCCUCACCAGGUGCUGGUGGAGCUCUGAGUUGAGUUACAGGCUCAGGGGACCCUCCUGGACCCUCCUGUUAUCAGGGGGACAGCGGCGGGGCUUCAGGCACGUAGAGAGACUACGGUCACUUGGGUGUGGGGACAGGUUCAGCUGUAGGACACCGGUUUUUGUUACACUUUCAACCUCCACUGAAGGUCAGAGAUCCAGAGCUGAAACAGUGCCUGUUUAUGUGAGGAGGUAGAGGCAGAGACACGAGGGGCGGUGAGUGGUUUAUACUGAUACUGAGAACUACUUGUUAUCCCAGGAAUGACCAUGGGACUAGUUCAACUUUUUGAAACCUCAGUCAUACUGAUCUGUUAUCUUUUCCGAGAAGGCUGCGCAGUAUGCUUUCAAUAACGUCUACCCUCCUUUGUGCUCACGUUUGUAUUCAAAGACCCCAGAAUGUGUCGUCUUCAUGAUCUCUAAAUAGUCAUCGUUGCGCAAAAUGUACCCGUUACUUUAAUCAUGAAACCCAUCAUGAGCUUAAUGGUUCUUUUAAAAUAAUCAGCAGAAGAUUUUAUCUCCUAUCUUAGAUAAAAUCAUUUAACCCACAUUUAGAGCAAAAACUUCAAGAAAGACUGAAGUUGUGGAUGUUUUUGGAGUUAGAGUAGCACAUGCUAGAGUGAAUAACUCAAUGGCUUUAAACCCCUACAGAUGAUGGGGGAGGUUUAUUCCCUGUGCAGCAGUGUUGGUGGUCAAACCUAUCCCACAGAGUGGUUGUGAAGUCAAUGCCCACUCUUAAAUCAUCUAUGUGUUAAAAGGGAAACACUUCCAUCCCUGCAAACGUUCUAGAUGAACAUUCUUAGCCGAGCUCUGAAUACACCUGCAAAAGGUGAUUAUUGAGACACUCCAGGUCCCAAAGUGUUCGGUUUAUAAACUUCUGCAGCAGUUUUCUAGCCUAGUUUUUUUUUUUACAUUACUUAUCAUAUUCACUGAUUCACACUACAUUCAUUCAUACAUGGCUGGCAGAAGAUACUGAUGUAGAAGAGGACCACUUUUAUUUAUUAAUCCCAUUCAUUUGAAUUUGAGGUUCUGCUGGAGUCGUCUUUUGUGGUUCCUGGAAGGUUCCUGUGUAAGUGAAACGACCUAGAAGUGUUGAAGCGUCAACCAUGACCGAACAUGUUUAAAUCAUAGACUGUAUAUAGAAUUGGCGCCGUCUGCCUCCUCGCUGGGUGAAGCCACUCCGAGAACAGCACCCUCUGGUGACAGGCUGCAGUAUAGGUCAUAAAUCCUGCCUCCUCCAGCAAUCCCUAUGGAGCUGUGGACAAACUUUACAAAUUUAUUACACAGCAUAUAAAUUUUUCUUCCCCCUGCUUGUGAUGUUGACAUGUAGUUAUUGUAAAACUGGUUUGUGCUCAAGUCUCUUUUUUUCUGUGCAGCUCAGUUUUUUAAAGUUAUUAGGGGGUUCAUGUUUUCUAUGAUUGACACUUGAUACAGCCUAUGGGCGUACAAAGAUUGCUUAGCUCACCCAGAGGAUACGCUGUUUGAGCCGAGGGUCAUCACAGCGACUCUCAGUAAUUCUCUCGCCGGAUGCGCACAAUGCUACUGUGCAAUGUUGGUUUCAGGAAUUGGAGAAAAAGUCUGCUCUGAAGCGACACUUGUUUAUCCAGGCUUUUGGUAUCUAGUUAUGUUUAUUGUAGUGUGUUGUUAAGCGUUUUGGGUAUCUUGAAAGGCGCUAUACAAAUGCAAGAUAUUAUAAUUUUAUUAUUAUUAUUAUUAUUAUUAAAUACUGAGAGCUUUUUGGCUUCAAAUCCGUAUACUGACAGAAGGCGGAACCCAGUUGUCCAUAGUACAUAGAGUCUGUGGUUUAAAUCGUCCAGAUGAUAAGAAGAGGAGCAUCAGUGACUUUGAGCCAUCUUUGCCAAUUCAACUAUUCAAUUAUUUUCAUUUAAUCAGACCUAAUGAUCACGUUGAUCAAUAAGCAGAGUGGCAAAUAUUUGACUUCACCUUUGAUAACUUAAGAGGUCAUUACUUUUUAAUCAAUCAGUAUUUCAGAGAGGAUUCGUGCCCUGACUACCACAGAGUUCUAAUCAGGACCGUUAAUGUUAAACUCCUGCUCAGGUGAUGUGGGAUUUCUGCUGUUUUGACGACUUUACUGACACUUGCACACCAGAUGAGUGCAUGACUCCAUCAUAAUCUGAAGCUGAAUGAAAACACUGAUAUGUAAAAAAAAAAAAUCCAUCUGUAGUAAGUUCAGUUGUAGUUUUUUAACAGCAGAUUCACGUCACAUCAGUUACAUUUGCUAAGUCGAAGUGCUGGUGGAUUUUCCAAACUCCAUUAGUGUCUUUUCCAGACUUCUUAAAAACACCUCUCCUUUACCCUGUGACAUUUUCUACUGAGAAAAGGGGGAUAGGAAAGGAUACUGAUCAUUUUAUCGUACGUUCCUAACAUACUCCUUGUCUUGCCUGAGGACACUCAUUCAUGGGGUCAAAUCGUAAACAUUCAAAUUGAGGGACGACUGACUCCACCACUGAGCAACAGCGCCAAAAUGGAACAGUUGAAAAAUACUUGGAUCUGAGACUAAGAAUGUCACUUACAGUAAAACAGGAGGAGCAGUUGAAUGCUAAACACAGUACCCGAAAAUGCUGGCACCGUUACCGGCGAGUACUGGAGUCCAGGCACUGAUCCCAUACCAUGUAAUUUAUUGAAUUAGUUGUAGUUUAUUUACUGGUUAGCUCUCUUAGCUCUGAUCUGUUUAAACUCCCCUCUUAUUUAAAAAUAUAGUGGCUGCACUUUAAUAUUUUUUUUAAAGAAUAAUUAUUCCUAGAUUUAUGUAGUUAAAAUGCAUUUGCUGUCUUUUAUGCGGUUCUGUUUAGAAAUAAAUAGCUUGAAUUUUCUGUAUUUCUUUGUGUUUUAAAAACACAAGCCAGAGCCAGACCUUACCACAAUGAUGAUCAUAUCACAGUCAUGCAGGCCUGGUAUGAUACAUAUAUAUUUUUUAUAACUUACUGGUUUUGGAUCGGUACUCGGUAUCGGCCGAUACCCGCAGCACAAGUAUCAGGAGGGAAAAUUUGGUAUGGGAACGUCUCUAGUUUCUACAUUCGUCAUCCUUCUGUGUUUGACUUCCCCAUUACUGACUGUUUAUACUUCCCAAACUUACUUAAAUUGGCUAAAAUAUUCGAACCUCUAACGUCGAGCAUCACUGAGCCCUCUUAGUGAAUCAUGUAGGUGUAUGAUUGCUUUAAUACCCUUGAGUAUACAUUCAACCCUCUCCACCCUGCACACACAGAACUGCACCCCUGCCCACACACAAAAAGAGAAACAUUAAACCUAAGUGUGCUCCUGUCUUGUUUCAAUAGCAAACCUGUAACAUGAUGUCUUGUUAGCUUUGCUGAUUCUCGUCUCUUCGUCUGAGAUGUCAGGGUUGGAGGGCGCACAUUUGCACAUUAAUGGCCGAAAGGAGAGAGAGAGAGAAAGAGAAAGGCGGAGAAAGAAAACUCCCAAAGCCCCUCUUGGUUAUUGGGAGGUCCGCACUGACCCAUUUAACCAAAUAAAAAAGUACCAUGUUCUCUCUCCGAAUCCGUCCUGCCAAAUUAAACGUAAUUCUUUUGGCCUGGCAAUUCUUGGUAUCUCUUUGUGAUUAAUGCUUUUCCUGUGACACAAUUAAUGGGCAAUUAUGUAGCCUGGCAAAUUUAGCCUGUGCAUCAUUAUGUCUUCUGAGAGCUGUGUGGAAUCUGCACACAUUAAGAGAAUUAUUCUGCCAAUGGCUGAAGCAGUGGAGGGUCCGAAACAUUCACUCUUGAUAGCCAUCGCCAUGGUGCCGAGGCAAAAAGCCAGUGCCGGGCAUAAUUCUGCAGCUUUAUUCAUUCCCAUGACCCUCUGCUCUGGGUUAGUGGGAGUGUCACCAGUUGAUGAGGUAAGCUGGCAUUGGCACACAACACUUAAUCUGUUUUUCACUACAAAUAAUUAAUCCCCACAACCUUGCCUUAAAAGAGCCUCCCGGUGAAGUGUUUUGCUUUUGUAAGCAUUAAGACCUUUUCCUUGAUAUUGAACCUUUUUUUUUUCCAAAGCCAAGGACAACUGCUGAUGACUUAUAGUACAUUAAAUAACAGUCGAACCUCAUACUUUAGUUGGAGUGAUACACAGACAGUAUGUGGCACAAAGUGGAAUCCUCUGCCUGUGUGUGUUUGCUGAAUAUUUUACAUUAGAAGUGUGUUGGAUACAGUGGCAAAGAGGGUUAAACAUGGUCCCUAAUAGUGUAUGUGUUUGUGUGUGUGUGUGCGUGUGUGUUUGUGUGCACACAUUGUAAGAAACCGCAGUGAGGAGGAUUAAGUGGGGUCUCUGACGAUGUCUUGUACAAUGAGGGUUGAUGGGUGUGAAAGGCCCAUUCCGCAGUAGUAACGAGGCUAAUGAAUUCAGACUCUAAUCGAUUGUCUCAGCUCUCUCCGGAUUAGAUGCAACCUUGCUGGAAGGGAAGGCACCGCUGAGGUGUGUGCAUGUAUGUGUGUACCAUCGCAGCAGACUAGACUGCAUAGUUUAGGGUGAGAUGAAGAAGAGGGGUGGUUGAGGAGGGGGGGUGUAGUUCCCUUUUUUCUCUCCUCCUUCCCCAGCACACCUCAACCUCCAUUCCCCACACCCCCAUGCAGGCGAAUGAGGGGGACAGGAGGAUCAUCUCCAGUCUAAAUGAGAUUACAGCUCCUUCAGCUGCUUAUCUGGGCUAAUGCCAGCCACUGUGGGGCUGCUGUAGCGGCUGGGGCCAGGGCCAUGGAUGAGCCAGAAGAGCCAAAGUAUAGUCUGUGUACAGGGGAUCAGCAUUAGGCUCGACUUUAUGCCUAUAAUAUCCUUCACUCCUUCCCCACCUCCACCGUGCUUUGCUCCUCUCUGCAGCGCACCGCCGCGCCCAGUAAUCCCCCAUGGGAGAAGAGAGGAAAAACACAUAGAGAAGAAGUGAAAGAGAGAAAUAGGGGAGCAAAAGGAUUUUGGAAAGUAGAGGGCAGAGUUCUUGUUCAACAGAGAGGGCCUCAUGUUUGGAUUUUGCAUCAAUAGAUUUGUUUAUCAGCUUUCUUUGCAAAAAAAAAAAACGUGUCUGUGUCCUUUUCAGACGGGUCCAUCAACGCAGUGUCCACUCAGCAUCCACCUUGGCUUGGGCUCCUGCUAACACCAAUGUGGGGAAAGAGCGCCACCUAGCGGUAGCAGCGAAACUCUGGGCACACUUCCUACCCUUCCUGCGCAGCCUACGCCUUUCCCAGACCCCUCCGGCACAGCUGGCAGAUGCUGCUGCAGGUCAGUUACACCGACUGGGAGGGGAAGGAGACACUGAGACUGGGUUUGAGUUUAAGGCAAGGGUUCAACUGAAAUAAAUCUGUGAUAAACCUCAUUCAUACGUCACGAAGAGAAAACUUAAAUGACAGUUCAGGAGAGAAAAGAAGUUAGUAUCUACAAAGAAGGAGAAAGUCACACCUCUUCAGUGCAGACUAGACUCAGGACACUUGUUGUCUAAUGCUCUCAUGUUGUCCUUAGGCUUCACCCUGUUGGCCUCGGAUCUGCCCAGCUCUGCGCCCCAGGACCUUCAGCCCAACCCUGUCCACUCCAUCAUGCAAUGUUUUGGCUGGGAUGACAUGGUUCACCCUCUCCUGGUGACUCGCUACCUGACUCAUUUACUUCAAAACAGGUAGAGCUGACCUUUGAGUCCAUGCCUCAAUCUGAAAAAGUUACCUCUGAUAGGAAAACAUGAGGCAAGGAUAAUGAUAACUUGUCGUCACUCUUCUUUUAUGAUCAACACCUCUAAAAUCAUAACUCUGAUCAAAUCCUGUGAGUAUAUCGUGUAGUUAAAAGUUAAUAAAUAAGACUAAUAAGUGUCACUUGUUUUAUCUGAAUAGGUUUUAAUGCAAAAAUUGGAGUCAUGCCUCAAAAGCACACUCAAAAUGUUGUGUGUCUUUAACAUUGGACUCAAGGGUAUGAAACAACGUGACUGUUUCACCCUCAAAGGUCCUCUUCAGACGGUGCCAAGUGAUAUUAAAGUGCCACAGCUGAAUACAAAUCCACAACAAGGACACUGCUUGUAUGUAUUGUUUAGUGCUGGCCUGCCAAGCUUCAGUGCAUUACUGUUUGACCCACCAGUGUGUAGGUCAUUAAAUGCAGUAAUGAUUUCAUGCAAAGAUGUAUUUCAAUCCCUCACCUUUGACCAAAAUCUGAGCCUCAACGUUUAAAUCUAGUUUGUCUUGUUUAAGUUUAACACACUUGUUCAGAUAUGAGUAGAUUCAUGGAUUAAUCUAACUGUUCAACAACCUGGCAUAGAUAUCUACUCAUACUGAUGAAGUUCAAUAAAACAGAGCAUACGUAUGUGAAUCUGUCACUGGCCUAAUGCGGUCAAAUUCUAACAUGUUUCUGAUGAAAUAAUCGUCUGUUUCUGUCUUUUCCAGUGAGCUGCUGGCCUCAAUAAGCAGUGGUUCGGCUGCUGUGUCCGGUUCUGCACAGAGCCUUUCAGUGAGGGCCUGGUUCCGCUGUGUAGUACAGCGGCACCUCCACAAGAACCAGGAUGGUUCUGACAGCAAAGCAGGUGAUAACACAAGUCACAAUAAAGAGAUAAAUCUGUAUGAUUAUUGUAAGUUUUCAUAUGCAGUGUGAGAUCAGGGUUCCUGCACAAGUAUGGAGAUAAAUUUGAUCAAUUUCCAGGUCUUAAAAAGUAAGAAAAAUGAAAAAUGAAUUACGACUACUACUACAGUUCUAAAAUACUCUUUUUUUAAUAGAAAAGUAGGUAUUUACAAAAAUAAUUCCAAAUAGUAGGGUAUGGAAAUAUAAAUUCCAACUGUGUAGGAACCCUGUGAAAUGUUUUUUUUCCUGCUUUAAGCUUGAGUCCAAUUUAAGGAAAGAAGAAUCACAAUGAAUAAAAAACAAAAAACAAUGACUGAUUUUUUGUGCCAACAGUUAAUGUUAGUGAAGUUACAACAUAUAAGCACAAAUCAAUCAAACUAAUGACUGAAAAGAAAAAGGGAAUUUGGUGCGAAGGCUCAAAAACUCACAUGGACUCCAUGGACUGUUUACUAAUGAUUCCAGGUCAGGCCUUAGAGGAGCAGUUGUGUGAACUGACUCGACUGGUGCUGAGGCUUCCUGAGGUGGACAGUCUUCUACAGAGAGCAGGUCUACAGCCCACAGCCACCAGACUAGAACCCCUUUUAGCCCUGGAGAUGUUCGUCAAGGUAACACUCUUUAGUCUUUAGUUGGUGUUAGCAAAAGUAAAUAAAAUAAAAUACAAAUAUGCAUACACGUCAUAUUAGUCGUUAUAUCUAUAUUAAUGUGUUUGUGCCAGGCUGUUGGGAGUGUUUACAGUGGACUGCAGGUUUUGUCUGAGCGUUCAGCCAUGGUGACCAGAGCCCUGGACUAUGUUGGGGACAUCUUGAAACAUAUCAAACCCUCUCUAGUCAGCAAGAACCAAGAGGGACUGCAGCUGGCCUACUGGGCUGUCGGUAGGUGCAACUUCAAACACCUUCGUUUUGAAGAUCCAGUAUAAUUGUCCUCCUGCUGUUUGGUCUGUGUCAUCAGAUAAAAAGGAAGAAACCUUAACAGUAGUGUAUCUCACUCUCUGCUCGUCUCUGUUUUUGUUCUGUUUGAUUUAGGUUGCAUAGUGAAGCACUGGAGCCCCCUGCUGGCCACAUCUAAAGCUCAGCAGCUGCUGUUUCGCAUUGUGGAUGGACUGCUGCUUCCCCACAACCUCACAGUGCAGGACAAAGCUCUCAGGGACAGCCUGCCUCUGUAUCUGCAGGUCAGGAAAACACAUGAAAUAAAACAAAUCACAAAUACUCUAAUAAUGUCAUCUUGUGUCAUGAUCAUUUCUUCCCACUCUUACACUCAUUACUUAUUCCCUCGUAGGGUCUGUCAGUCGCCUCCUGUGUGUCUCAGUCUCAGGGCGCCUACCUGAGGCAGCAGCUCCGGUCGGUUAUUCGCAGAUAUCUGGACCAUUUCCUCCCCGCUUCACCCUCUGUGGGCGUCAUAGCCAACCACCCUGUGCUUCUGAGUGCGUGUGAAGCCAACCCAACCAGCCGGGGAGCAUCGCUGAGGAGAACAAUACUGGAGGUGCUCUGGUACGUCCCUACAACUGAGGGCUUGUUUGUCUGUCAUGGACCCCAGCUGCUUGGUUUUCUUUGAUGUUAAAUUCAUAUCCAGGGUGUGGUUGGAUGUCACUCUUGUCAACUACAGCAGCUCACUCUAGAUCUGACUUGAUUUAAUCUACAAAGUAUCUCACAGAGUUUUUCUUUUGUUUCAUUAUUGCAUUUCUUCAGCUUCUGUAUCCUCGCCAACUCAAAAGUUUUUUUUUCCCUUUUCCAUUUUUACAGCGAAAGCUUCCUGCAGUUUAGAGGUCAUGCUCCCCCGCCUCGGCUAGCAUCAGUCCUGAUGUUCCUCUUGGAGCUUCUGAGAAGAAACAGUGACUCAGACCCCGGCCUCCUCACUCUGCCCUUCCCCGCUCUGCUGCGCUGUGUGAUGCUCGUCAAUGAACCACAGGGUGAGCUCAUGCUUGUGCAUAUGCAGACAACAUAAUCAGAAUCGUGCAAAGUGUGGAUCGUCCUCGCUACUUCACAGCAUUAUGCAACUGAUGAGAUAGGACCCUCUUUGGUUCGCCUUAAUGCAGCUCUGAUUUCUUCUUCUUCUUCAGGAUAUCUUUGUCUGGCAGUUCAACAGUCAAUAGACAAAAAGCAUUAAAAGUUAACAACAAUCUUCCUAACCAAGGUUUUCUGACUAUAAUGAGUGGCUCAUAUGCAGUUUGGAGAUAGUAAGCCCAGAUUUAGGGGUUAAAGGCUGACCAAUCCUUACAACCAUAUAAUGUGCUUCCAGAGCUGCUAAUGAUGCCUUUCAGGAGAUUCACCAAAUGUGAGCUGAGAGGGAAUAACAGGUCAGAUAAUAAUGGGAUGUAAUAAUGACUCCUUUCACAUCUAUGUUCUGUGUAAGACUGCACUGCAUUUGAUUACUAACAGGAAACGUUGAUGUCCAUUUAUGUUCUCAGACUUGUGUAUUCUCACUUUGACCAGGCCUGCAUUUACUGAAACCUCCUUCCUAAUUGAUACACUAAAUGCUGUUGUCACAUUAGUAUGGUGGAGGUUGUAGCCAAGCUUUUCUUGAAAACAUACAAUUUUCACCAAUCUUCACCUGGAGUCAAAUUAUACAGAAGCUAUAAUUACCACCUUUGCCAGGGUGCAGCUUACAUCUGUGUCUGUCAGGACUCACAUCAUAUUUUUGUAGAGCAGAUUUUAAUGAAAGCUACCAGGUGUGUUCUUUAAACUCUAUCACUACACUUGGUUUUAUUCAUUUAUUUCCUAUUAAAGGUGUAGUUUUGAUUAGAGACCGAUAUGGAUUUUUUGGGGACGAUACCAAUACCGAUUUUUAGGGGGGAAAAAUAAUUUGAUUAGCAAUUAAUCGGUGGAUUUUUCAUUUUUUUUAAAUGAAAUUAUAAGAUUAAAAAAAUAUAUAUAUAUAAAUAUAAAUACUGUAGGCUACUGCUUUUCACGCCGACAGGAAGAUUGACUAAUCAACCUUGGACCAGAAAAGCGUUUUCAAAGAUCCGUCACUCUGCUGUGAGGUAGUUAGUGGAUGAAGAUUGUCAUGAGGUCACUGCGCCAUCUACUGGAUAAGUUGGGGAACUUUUCAAAUGGCGGAACAUUUUUGAAGUGAAACCGAAUCUUAUUCUCCGCAUUUUAUUUCUGAAAAUAUCAGCGAGUUUUGGCUGAUUACCGAUUACUCUCAAACAGGCUUAAAUUGGCCGAUAGUCUUGAUUUCUGACGUAACCAGUCCUUUUGCCAGUAGUUUCCAACAAUUUGCUGUGAUAAAUUAAAACACGUCAGCUUCCACCUCCUCUCUGUCAGGCUGCUAAUGCUUACAGUCACAUUGAAUUUCCCUUCAGGGAUCAAUAAAGUUCUUCUUAUUCUUAUUCUUAGACCCUCCGCUUCCUAUUCUCUUAGCUGGUAACACACAUCUGUCUUCAACCCAUGAUGCACUGCUGUUUUAGUUUGCUUCCUGUAUUUGUUCCUAUUAAAAGUCCAGUUACAUUCUCACCUGAAGUGAACCAGACCAUGGUUCACUUUGAACUGGACCAAGUCCUGAUUUUUUGGGGGACCAUGGUCUGCUUGUUUGGUCCAACAGUAGUCCAGGCCGUGGUUUGGGGGAGUGUUCACACAUUAAAUUUUGGUUCGGAUCAAUCUGAAAAGUCCUAAAAUCUGGACCAAAUGACGUUAGUGUGAAAGCGACCGUAGACUGAGGGGUUGAUCCUGCCAAAUGUUGAAAACAUUCCUCAUAUUGCUCUUGAGUCGUUUCAUACAAAACAAUGAAGCAGACAGACGGCUUGUAAAUACACCAAUCCUCAAGCCCACAUAGAUUCAAAACUCAUUUUGGUAAUCAUGUUCCUGUCUGAGGGUGUCAUUCACUGCCUUCUUUUCUGUGCAGUGAGGAAGCUGAGCACUGACGCCUUGCAGCUUAUAGUGGAGCGUUGUGCUGUUGCAUCUACAGAGGGACCAUGUGACCAGAUGAUCACUGUCUUAAGGUACUUGAAGAUGUGAGGCCAUGAAUAUUUGUAUCUAUAUUAGAGCAGCGUGGCAUUGUUCAAAUGAUGCUCGAAUCCUGUUACACGAUCUUUUAAGCGCGGGGUUAAACUGUCUCCUUUGCUUUAUCCGUACAUCAAAGUCAUUUUAUCCUCGGUGUCUGUUUUAUCCUGAUGCUCCUAGGUCGUUCGCGGAUGAGAAUGAAGGCAUCUACGACAGGCAGGUAUACAGUGUCCUUGAGACAGUGGCUGUGUUAGAUCCCUCUGUUGUUCAAGCUCUCAUCCCCAACCUGUCUGCGAGUCUGAGAAACACCGAGCACAAGAGAGGGCUGGGCAGGAAUACUGCCUUGAGGUGAGCGAACAGAUGAAUCACAUCCCCAAAGCCACAAAGACACUAUUCAUCGCCUUAAACUAUUUUUAAGUUGUCUAGACAAUGAACAGGUGUUAGCGUACUGAACUGAAGAUGCUUUGUAGUUGAAUGCUUCUUAAGAAUGUGUGUGUACUGACUUAGUACUCUGUCUCUCUGUGAACAAGGAGCGCCUAUAGGAAGCUGCUGAGCCUCCUUGGGGAGUGUGGGCAUGCAGAAAUGACCAGUCUGGAAGCAGAUUAGAAAAAGAAGAAAGUACCAAGUCUGGGACCUGUCACCGGAUCCAAGAAUUCCAUGUUACUCCUAAAAAACUGUCUUUUUGAUGCCAAAUGUCUUGAUCACAAAAUCCUCCUAUGAAGGUGCCAUGUGUCUUUCCUUAUUUAUGAAUGUCGAUACUUGGUCUGCUGGUGUAGUAAGCAGGAAAGGCAUCAAGGGUUAAAGCAAAAAGUCUGAUAUCUUUCUGUGUGCACUGAAUUUCACAGAAUGUAUGUAAUGUACAGAAAAUAUAGGAGGUGCAACCUUGCAAUUUAGCGGAUUCAUUUUCAAUAAAAAUGUGAAAAUGCUUGUAGCACUCUCUGUACCCUGUUCUUAUUCUCUCUCUGGAGAGAAGAGUGAGCAUGAAGUACUGACUAUCUGUGCUUAUACCGUCAGGUGCUGGAUCUGUCUCUACUGGGUUGGCACUCUAAAUUACAGAUUUGAUGACAGUCGUGGGUGAGCCCGAAGAGUUUGGUAGCACCAAAAAAAAAGAGAGAGAGAAGAAGAAGAGUACUGUUUGUUCUACUUCUCCCUCUCCCCUUCCCAAGUCACAGCAAUCUCCAGCAAUCCGGCUUUGGUUUGCACCUAAUCACAUGAAGUCUCACUCCUGUGUCCCACAAUCACCAAGUCCCAUUUUCUGUCAUUGCUAGUCAUUUUCAAGUCUCAUCAAACUGCGAUGUAGCUCUGCUUGUGAGCAGGUUUUUGCUGCACAUCCUUAUUUUUCCACCUGCAGUACCAGAGGAAGAAAAGAAGCAGUGGUCUUCUCCUAAAAUGUGUAUCCAGUUAUGUUUUAACUACUUUGUGUUCAUCACAAUCCACAUCAAAUGUAUAUUACAGUUUAAUUUAUGUAGCGCCUUUAUUUUGAAAAUGUUCAUGUACUCUUACAGAUGUUGUUUUUUAACGGAUGGUGAAGUUCAGGGGUCAUGUUGUUUUUUUUCUUCCUCAGGUCAAACUAAAACUAUAGUAUUUUGAUAGUCAUAUUAUCAUACCACUGUAGAAUACACUCAAAUAUCUUCUGAAUGAUGACAAUGACCAGACAUUCAUAUUGCACAUAAACAGUCUUCGGUCCUGAGCGUUAUAAAAGUCUCAAACAGGAAGUUAACUUACAGACAUACAGUAAAGUGUCACUGCUGAUGAGCGGGGGGGUCAAGUACAUUUUGGACCUUAUAGAACUUAAAAUGAUGACAUGGUCGUUUUGUACUCUGAUGAGCUUCAGUCUCGGGCACCUGAUACUCACUGAACCAAUUCGUAAUUUCACAGAAUGUGUUCUUGAUCAAACAACAGGUCUUGAAAAACAUGCCCACAAUAUUUCUCAGACUGAUUUCAGAGUGAUUGUAGAGCUUUGGUAGAAAUGUUCUUCAGGGUUCGAGCUCCUACAGUCCUGCGAAAAGGACCGUUUUUGAACUUCAGUGGACAGCAAUUAAGUGAAGUGUCUUCUUAACACUCCAGUGGAUUGGUAUUUUGUCUCUGUGUUCUUGGGGAAUUGUAUUCUCUCUCUGUUCCUGCUUGUUGUGUGUUCACUGGACAUCAUAGAUGGUGCUUCUGUCGUCUGGGAAAUACAUCAGAUAUGCAGUGUUAUUGAGACAGCUGCUUGUUCCUCAGUUUCCUAGAAGCUUGCAGGAAAACAUGGCUUUUGUAGAGUAGGAUCGUAGUUUAUAUUACGUUUGGGUCUCAUAGAAAUGGCGGCACACUUGUGUAACAGAUUGCAGGUUCCCAAAUGAAUACUAUGAUCAGGAACUUUUUUUUUUUUUGACAGUCUCAGUGAUGGUCCAAAGUGGAGCUGUUCCUGCUCCACUAUCUGGUUUUGUGUUCAUGGUUAAACAGCACCUAUUCUGUGAUGGGGUAUUUGUAGAGUCUGUAGGUUCGGACAGGUGAAGUAAGGGGCAGGAAGGAAGCAAGUUGCUAUUCCGUUGGAGGCAAAUGGCAGCGUCGGCCCAUAGAAAACCUCCUCCUUGCCUUCUGUGCUCAGAUCCAACACCUGCAACGAAGAAAAACAUCAUUCCUCCCAUACUUUCAAUUAGGGGUGUCCUGAUAGAUGUUUGUUACUUCUGAUAUGAUACCGAUAUUGUAGCCUUCAGUAUUGUCCGAUACUGACAUUGAUCUGAUAUUGGCACGAAUUUGUGCAUGACAAGUUUUGCAAAGCCUUUUUCAGACUUCAACUAAAAAUACUGCCAUACGGCCAACAUCACUACUACUCCUUGCUACUUUAGUUAGUGCCUUAGUACACACUGUUGCUGUGAUUACAUGGGCUCUGCAUGCUGGAUCCGGGCGCUGCUGGAUAGAGGUGCCAGAGCGGAGUCUGGAAUGAACUGCUUGUAUCGGAGAUUUUAGAUGCAGGCCGAUAUAAUCCGAUAUUUGUUUUUUUGCUGACAUUGAACCAAUAUCCGCUAUCAGCAUCAUAUCAGGACACCCCUACUUUCAAUUUCAUCAAAACUUUCUGGUUGGUUGGUUGAUCCAAAGGCUGUCUCUACUAAGAAUUUUUGCACGUCACAACCAUAACCGUGUUCAGUCUAAUAAACCUCACCUGAAUACAUGCCAGCGGCUCAUUGGUCCAAAUGGAGUAUCCUCCAACCACAUAGAUCCUGUCAUCAUGGACAGCAACUCCGGACUCAUUCUGACCUGGGAAGGACAGAGUCGACACGAUGUUUUACCGUGCCAGGCAGAGGGCAUUGUGUUGAUAUGACUUCUGUGUCCCCAAAGAGGCAGAGGGGGAGAUAAAUGGAGAGAGAUUGGAGAAGGGCGGGAGUGAAUGAGGAGCCAAGAUUAGGCUCAGGUUCUCUUUCCUGUGACUUUGUCUUAAACUUUUACUGAUAUCACAGGAGGAGAUGAUCCUCGAACUAAGGAGAAAAGUCAUCAGUCGAGAGGAGGGAGGAGGGAACAGUAAAGUCACUUUAACUUUACUGUUUUAAGACUCGUAUGUACAACCCACUGAAUGACAUGACCACAUGUUACAGUAAGAUCCUAGAUCCUGUCUCCUGCGCUCUCGGAGGAGGUACUUCAUCCCACCUCCACCAUCCUGGAGGACACACAGUACAUGCAGUGUGCCCACGGGUCCAAAGCGGGGAUGCAUGUUUUUAUUGUACAUCAUUCUACCGCCUACUCACAAACAGCAGAGAGGUAUUCUAUGUAAUGUUUUUCUUUUUCUUUUAGUGAGAGGAAGGAAAGCAGGAGACUUUUCUCAACAUGUGUUUCCACCGAUCAUAUAAUCCAAAUGGGUUUAAACAGCGUUUGGAUAAAUGACCUGAACCCACUGGUUCAAAAUUAAACACUCAUGACUGUAUUUGUUACUUCAGAGCUUGAGUUUGAAAAAGGAAAACUUCUGCAUCAGUUCUGUGUGGGAGGGAUUUGAUCAAAUUUCACUGAGAGUGGACUGGCAGCAUGAGCAGCAGUGACCUUACAGUAGUCAUCGCAUUUUGGAUUCAAAUGUUGUUCAAUUCUGUCUUGUGGGCUUGAGGAUGUUAUCUUCUUUGUUUCUUUCUUCUGUAAAAGCACCAAAACUCGAACAGUUCUCGGGUCUUGUGGUGAAUUUCCCCUGAUAGUAGCUUUAGAGGCGCAGCUCCCAAAUUUAGAACGUCUUAAAAAAGUUCAUUUUUUCCUGUAACUUGAUUCAAAAAGUGAGGCUUCCAUAUACUCUAGAUUCAUCACACACAGGCUUUUUAUUUUUCAUUUCAAUCUUGAUGAUCACAGCCCACAGAAAUGCUAGGCCUGCACGAUAUAUCGUUUGAGCAUCGUCAUCGUGAUGUACAUGUGUGUGAUAGUCACAUCGCAGAGCCUGCGAUGUCAGAGGUGAAUGAACUCAGUUAAUUUCAAGGGUAGCUGACUGCGAUACACUGCAUGUGACUCUGCAUGUGCUGUGCAGCGAUCCACCAAUCACCUUUGUUCUUUACUCAGUUGCCAAUCAGACUCAGUUCUCAGUUGCCAAUCAGACUACCCUGCCAGCUGUCAAUCAAAAUCAGAGAGGAGGUGCAUGCAAUUCUCGGAGGACAUGCGUUUCUCAGCACAACCCCGGUAACAAAAACAACAACGAUUGCAAACUGAGCAACACAGAGAGAAAACCACCGAAGAUGAAGACUUGUUGCCAAAAAGAAAAGGAAAGUCAAUUAUCUGGAAUUAUUUCGGUUACAAGAUGGAUUAUGUCGACCAAAACACGUCUUCUGUGUUCAUCUGUUUCCACAAUAACGUCCCAGAACAAUAAAAGCUAAAAAUAUCUCUGAGACAGACAGAAGCCAUUCUACAAACAUUCAUUAAAAGAGGUAAGAUCAGUGCAGGUUAACUGUCCUCAAGACUUCAGCAGUGCAGCAUAACAUUAAGUGCUAUUCAGGUCAUCUGGUGAAAAUUCCUGUAUUUUUUAAUAUCGCAAUAGCCUAUAUAUCGCAGGGUUGAAAAAAAUUGCAAUGUUAGUUUUUUCCAAUAUCGUGCAGCUAGAGAUCCACUAUCUCAAAAUAUUGUGGAACAGUCCAUUUUCUUGUCAGUCCUGAACGGAGCUCUAAUCAGCAAAUAUACUCUGAACUGGCAAAGGUUUACUGAGCCUUUAUUCUCUCACUCUAGUUUAGCAAACUCAACCACCAUCGUGGGGCAGACUGCUGAUUUGUUCGCAGGGUCUGUAUGGAAGCAGAUUCGCUGAAAGUUGACUGAAGAGAAAAGUGUGAGAGGAAAAUAUGACCAACAGAAGUGAGAGCAGCCCUGUUUUCAGAUGAAAGUUAAUUUUGCAUCUCAUUUGGAAAUCAAGGUCCCUGAAUCUGGAGGAAGAUCAGAGAGGCCCAGAAUCCAAGGUGCUUAAAAUCCAGCGUGAGGCUUCCUCAGUCAGUGAUGAUUUGGAUGCUCUAUCAUCUGCUGCUGUUUGUCUUUUACUGAGUUUUCGAGUCCAGAGUCAACGUAGCCUCAAGUCGACCAGGAGAUUUUGGAGACCUUCAUGCUUCCAUCUGCUAAGACGCUUUAGAGAGAUACAGGUUUCCUUUGUCUAACUCUGUGGUAUUAUCAAGAGAAAGAUAAGCGAAACCAGAACCAGCAAUACAGACCAGCUGAAGAGGCUAUUAAAGAGACCUGGACCGCAGUAAGAACCCGGCAGAGCCACAGACUGACGGCCUCCAUGAUACAUUGAACUGAUGCAGUGAUUCAUGCAAACAGAGCCCAGACCGAGAACCGAGAGCAGAAAUAAACCUCAUCUUCAAGAAGGUUGGCAAUAGUAGAUUCACUCUGAAAUAGUAGAUUUUAGAAUUUUGUGAGCUGUAAUCAUCAAGAUUGUAACAAAAAUAGUUUUACUUUUUGAAUUAAAUUAUGGAAAUAAAUAAAUUUAUCGUGUGCAGAUAUGUGUCUUCUCUGGGGACAUCGUAGUUUAGACUAUGUUUUCAGUGUUUGUAUCGUAUAAAUCUGCGUUUCUGUAGAGCAAACAUUUAAAAGGAUGGAUACAGUCUAAAGGUUUGUCCAGAUGUUCACAACAGAAUAAUUAAUCAUCUCCAGUAUAAAUUUGCAGAAGUAUGAUCACAUGUGUGGUUUCUUUACUUUGCCCACCAGUGAGGAGGCUGAAGGAGCAGCGGGUCCACUGGUCCUGGUCCAUGUUGUAGGAGUCGAUGUGGCGCACCAGGAUGCGGUCAUUGUUGUAGUCCAGGUCGUUCCCGCCCAGCACGUAGAGCUGCCUCCUCACCGCGGCCAUGACGUGGUAAACUCGUCUCUGUAACAUGGGACUGCGGGCCAACCACUGGUCCUGAGAAGGAGGUGGAGGUGGUGGAGAAUAGAUUAGGAGAAGAACAGAUGGAGUGAAGACAGGAGGUAGAAACGAUAUGAUGCAGAUGAGAAGGAGGUGAGAUGUAGUAGGAAGAGGGAGGGAGAGAGAAACGGAGAGGGAGGGAAGGGAAGAAGGAUGAAUAAGAAGAUUAAUAUUUAAGCAUAUCCAUGCAUGGGUAAUUGAUGUAUGCUCAGUGCUAGAUAAAUAACGUGACACUGGAGCUCUGGUUUGUACUAAUGACUUCCCUCCCUGUUUCUAAUCAUAUGUUUCAGCCACUCCAUUUUACACCGAGGAUCCCAGCUCAUUUCACUAAGUGUGUCGAUGCUUAUUUUGUGUCGGUGUGUGUGUGUUUGAUUGAGGAAGAGAAUGAGAGUGUGCAUGUGUGAGUGCAUGUGUGUGCGUGUGUGUCUGCUGGGAGCUGACGGGUGGCCAUCUGUUGAGGGUAGAGUGGGUGGGGGGUUGCUGUUGCUCUGGCAGGUGAAUGUAGAUUCAUGGUGAAUACAAAUGAGACCCUCUCCCUCUCUCUUUCACUCGCUUCUUCCGUCCCCUCACUUACACGCCGACGUGUCCAAACACGGACCCAUAUGGAUAUGCGCCUUACACAUAUACCCACCGCAUACCUCCAUACUAUAUACACUCAGCCCUCUUUAACAGCUGGCUCAUAUAGGAAAACAAACAGCAGCAGCACCUCACUACAUUUUACUACAGUUAUCUGUGAAUGUGUGAUACCUGCUAAGAAAUGGUGUUAGAGUAUAAUUAUCUUGUUUGCAUUGAAAGACUGCAUCAUAACACAUUGGUGUUUACCAUAUAGAGCAUGUAUCAUUGAUAUCUCUGCUUUGUAGAAGUCAAGAUUGAAGAAUUACUUGAGGAGGGGGUUACGUAAAAGAGUUUUUUGACUGUUUUUUAAACUGCAAAAUAUGAUUUACUGCAGUUUUUAUCUUAUAAAGUUAGCUUUAGUCUUUCAGAUUUUUCUAUUGUUCACAGUGUCAUUGCUUUUCAUUAAUUUCCAUAUGGUAUGAAAAUCAAUUAGAGGGCGCCUGACAUCCGCCUGUUGUGUAAUCCAUCACAGUGAACAUGCUGGUGGUUGUUGGUAUUAAUUUCCAGGGAAAAAAACAAGCCAUUACUGUUACACUGAUGCUCUUUAAGUAUAUUUCCUCAAAAGAUAUGUUUUCUUUCCCCUCAUAACUUUAACAACGCCGGUAUAAAUAUAUACAAUUAUGUCAAGUCACUUUUUUGACACAUUUGUCUCAUAAGAUUUAAAAUAUGAGUACAACUGAACAACCUCUUUGUUUAGAGAGGGAAAAAAAAAAGACCAAAAAUUUGAUCAAUUCAGAGAAAUAAAGCAGCAGAGGAUAAAUGACUCUGCCGGGCUGGACAAAUGUGUUUGUUAAAGCGGUGAUCAAAUUAAAACAAGUAACAGUUGAUUACAGUUUAAGGCGAUUAAAGAGCAUUUGGACUGAUUUAGUGCAUAACAGGUUACACACCUCAGGGAGCUAGUCUGGGUGUUCAGAGCUGAAUAAGUGUAGGAGUUCUGGUGUGAAUUCACCGACUCAAAAGGUGUAAACCUCGUGGGUCAAAUUAUAGAAACACUUGUGGCAUUAAGAGCAUCAGACUAACACGUUUGAGUACAACUUGAUGACUGUGACACUUCGGCUUGUUUGCAAUCCUUCAGCGUACACAACUGAACGAUUUUAGACCGAGUCCUCCUCCUGGUUUGAGACCAGAAACUGAAAGUAACUGGUAAUGUUUUAGCAACCUUUUUAGCUGUCUUGCAUGUGGGAUUGAAUAAUUCAUCAUUUCAUUUGCUAUGGUUACAGUACAACUAGAUUUAUCAGAUCUUUUUAUUAAUAAGCAGCAUCCAGUGUUUUCCGUCACAGCGACAAACGGACCAUCAAAAAAGUGACAUUGCAGAUGAGCUUGUCAGAACCGGUUUAAAGAUACAAAACAUCAACUGAGCUGAGAAGUGGACUGUUCAGACUGUUUUUUUUGUUUGUUUUGUUUUUGUUUUGCUUUUUUUCACAUGUUACACCAGCCAAACUACGAAGCCCUAGUACCAUUUUUACGGCUGUUAAAUCUGGUUUCUAUUUCCUUUUUUUUUUUUAAGUUUCUGUGCUUGACCAAAAAAACCAAGACAAAAUCCUCAUAUAGAUCAACUCUGACAGUGAAACCAUUUCCCAUACUCCCACAGGGGAAUCUGUGGCUGACUGGCAGAGCGGGUCAUCUCUUAAUUGAAGGUUGGCAGUUUGAUCCCAGCUCCCGCUGCCACACGCUGAAGUGUCCUUGAACCACAAACUGCUCUCGCUUGUAUAGACAGUAGUGUGUGAAUUCAUAUGAAUGGGGUUAGUUAAUACUGAUGGUCUCCAACAGCCUUUGCCACUGGUGUAUGAAUGAGAGUGUAAAAACCAUGUGAGUGGUUUAUAAGGAGCUAUACAAGUCCAUUUACCAUUUGGACCGAUAUGCUCCCCCUCACAUUUACAGAUCUGUGCAAAUUUAUGACCAGUUUACAGUUACCUGUUGAGGGUCAUACACCAUGAGUCGAUUCUGGUACUGAGCUGUGUUUGUCACCCCACCUGGAAAGCAAAGACACCACACUCUGACUUUUAUCAUUGAAUAUCAUCGUAGAGAUUAACGGUGAAAUAAACAACACAGUCCUUUUUAUUCUAUCUCUGCAUACCUGAAACCCAGAGCAGGUCAUCCGCCACACAGCCGGCGUGGCAGGAGAGUGAGCGGUCAAAGGGUUGGACAAACAUCCACUUGUUCCUCUUGGGACAGUAUCGCUCCACAGAUGGCAGCACCUGCCUCAACUCGUUCCUGCCGCCCACUGCAUACAGGUACUGACCCAGAGCGCCCAGGACAAAGUGUUCUCUGCAGGCCUUCAUGGGGGCAAUCUCAGUCCAACAGUUGCCCCUGGGGUCAUAUCGACAAGCAGUCCUUACUGCACAUGUCCUCCCAGUGGCAUGCUCCACCUCCCCACCCACAACAAACAGGAAGUUUCCCAUCACGGCAACGCAGUGGUGGCUGCGUCCAGUGGGCAUGGGGGCCAGCUCGCUCCAGUUGGACCCACCCCCGACACGUACGUGAUCCUGUGCAGCAGGGUUGAAGUAACGCAGCUCUCUGACCCUGCUAACCUCCCGCUUGCGCCCACCAGCUAUGUAAAGGGUGAGGGACUGGAAACGAGGCCUUGUGCGCGCUGACUGGCAGAGAGGCUGUGCGAAGGUGGUGUGAUGGUAGUCCAGGGCCUCCUCCACGAGUGCCGCAGUAGUAGGGCUGGAUUGGACCAGAGGGUGACUAUGAGCAAGGUGGUGUAGAGUGGCGACAUCCAUCAGGCCGUAGCGGACGUGUUGAAGUAGAUCCUCGGUGUACUGGUAGCGGCAGUCGUGUUCCAGCCACAGAACCACCAACUGGAGGAAGAUGAAGCAGGGACUGAAUGAGUUUAAUUUAUGAGAAAAUACACUGUGGAGACAAUACCGUCUAAAUCUGAGUAGACUGUCUUCAAAUAGUUAAAACAUUUUCAUGAUUUGUUGUGUUUUGAAUGAUACUCAAAGGAUGGUGUCGUUUCUUAAAAAAAACUUUGGGAAUCGACGAGAGGAAACCUGAAAUGUGCAUGAGGAAAGCAAAUGCAAGUACGAGAAGUGUUUUCACUCUUUCUUCUGAUCUGAGAAAAAAACAGACCUGCUAAUCAUAAUUAUUUUCGUAGACACCUGAAGGCUAUUAUGCCAGUACUGCAUCCAUACUUGCCAACAGACACACAAGUACUUAUUAAUCAGCAGCAUUCAAUAUACAGACUGUAAAUAUCCACAGGCGCCCUCUUUUGUUUAAUGCAGGCAGGCUGGGUUGCAGAGAAGGGAUUUAAUUGUACUUGAGAGCAGCGGAAGGUUAUUUAGCUGCAACGAGGUGUGAAUGUGGGCGAGAUGACUGGAAAUCUUUGAUAUCAAGAAAACAGAUUAUUAAUGUAAUCUGAACAGAGAGUGGCUGAAGUCUCAGUGGAGACUGGCUAAAUGUGGGAUAAAUCUGGACAAAAGGGUAAAAACGCAUUGACGUACCAGCAUUAUCGUUUGUUUAUGACGUGUGUGGGCAAAAUUUCUAGAGCUGAAGUGCUCUACUUUUAUUUUUCCCUUCAGUCCACUCUGCAGGUGUGAGCACGCAACUAACAUGCGAGUCAGGACUGUCUUUUUGUGGUAUCUGUGCCACUCUCCUGUCUCCACCACCCUUUCUCUAUUGCUCACCCCGCCUCCCUCCUCCUCAUUGCUCUGAAGUGACAGUCAGUUUGCGCGUGCGUUUCCGGGCGAGCGUGUGUGUGAGCGCUCGCACCACAGCAGCUGACUGUGAAGGUCACGCUGCAUCACACAACUUCCUCAGGGCACAGAAUAAAUCAACUCCUUCUCCCUCCUUCCUCGCACUGAAAGAGAAAGUGUGAGUGUGUGUGUGUGUGAGUUUCUGUGUGUCAACCAGCGAAAGAGUAGGAGAGAGGUUGAGGGAAAGAGAUAGUGAGUGAGUGAGGUAAGGGGAGGGGUGAGGGAGCUACAGAAAGGCAGAGCAAAAGAUGGCAUGAAAGAGGAGCGAGAAAAAAAAGAAAACAAAGCCAGAGAAAAUGUGAUUUCCAGAGCGUGAGAGACUCUAAGAAUACUCUGAGUGACAAUGAUUGACGGCCAAGCUAUAUCAGUUCGGUAUUGGCGUGCACACCCCUCCACCCUUUCGGACGACAGCCCCCGCUUGCCGUUCGCUUCCGUCUGAUGCCCAAAUUAACCUUCUGGGCGAAGUGAAGGAGCCCAAAGCAGCCUAAUCAGAGGCUGAUUAUGGCGGCGGCGGCUGGCUAAAGGGUCAGGGUAAUUGUGCCAUCAGAGGCCUGAUUGUUUUCAAUCAGACGGGCGGCCGAGUGACAGCUGGGGGAUUGGGGCCCUGAUGGAGCCGCGGUGGGCCUAAUCAGAGAGGAGAAGGGGAGAAAGACAGAGGGGGAGAGAGUCUGUGGGGGAGGGGGGGCUGAUUGGUGCAAAUGAACAGUCAAAACAGUGAGUCCCCUCUCCACACUACUGCUUCACUCCACGAACCUGACAGUUUACCACGGUGACACGUUCACACACACCUUUAUGUGGGCACACGGACAGAUCAUGUGUGCAUUGACUGAGUUUAUGUGUAUGAUUUAUAUAUACAACAGUCUGCUACAUAGAUUUAACCUGUUGACACCAUAGACUGUAUAUAGAAUGGACAGAGUCUGCCUCCUUGCUGGGUGAAGCCACUCCGAGAGCAGCACCCUCUGGUGACGGGCUGCAGUAUAGGUCAUAAAUCCCGCCUCCUCCAGCAAUCCCUAUGGAGCUAUGGACAAACUUUAGAAAUUUAUUGAACAGAAUAUAAUUUUUUUCCCCCCCUGCUUGCGGUGUUGACAUGUAGUUGUAGUAAGACUGGUUUGUGCUCAAGUCCUCUUUUUUCUGUGCAGCUCCGUUUUUAAAAGUUAUUAGGGGGUUCAUGUUUUCUUUGAUUGACACCUGGUACAGCCUAUGGGCGUUCAGGAAUUGCGUGGCUCACCCGGGGGAUAAGCUGUUUGAGCUGAGCGUCAUCACAGCGACACAAUGCUACUGCACAGAGCUGGUUUCAGGAAAUGAAGACAAAUCCCUGAAAUACCGAGAGCUAUUUGGCUUCUACUCAGUUAUACAGGCGGGAGGCAGAACCAAGUUGUCCACAGUAUAUACAGUGUAUGGUUGACACUCAAAAACUGAGAAAAAGGUCUAUUAUUUUACUGUUCACCUAAACACAGUCGCUACAAUGAUCUCACAUCUCAACACGGCA